CGGGAGCCAAAAUUUGCCCACGCAAUCACCCCCGCGAUGUCGUGAGAGAAGUUUUAGUUUGAGCGUCAAACUUCGACGUCAAUUAUAAUGCCUCUAAUCCUUCUGUCGGGCUUCCCUUCGUCGGGCAAGACUCAUCGGGCUAAGCAAUUGGUCGACUAUUUCCAAGGUCGAAUCGACGCCAACGCCUCUCAACCUACACCCGAUCCACGAAUCGCCCGGCUAAGAGUGCAUCGCAUUGAUGAUACUUCCCUCGGUCUAAGCCGUGAAGCGUACCGUGAAGCACGUACAGAGAAGGAUGCGCGCUCUACGCUAUACUCCGCUAUCAGGCGUGCCCUUGGGCGCGACGAUAUCGUCAUUGCUGAUGCAAUGAAUUUCAUCAAGGGAUAUCGAUACCAAUUGUUCUGCGAAGCGAAAGCUCUGCAGACUCCAAGCUGCGUUGUUCAUAUAGGAACGCCUAUCGAUACAUGCCGGUCCAACAAUCGACUACUUUUGGGUGACGAUACCGUCGACGGAGGAUAUCCUGACGAUAUAUUUGAGGAUUUGGUUCGACGUUAUGAGGAACCUAAUGGCAUGACACGAUGGGAUAGCCCGUUAUUUACUGUGAUUUAUGAUGAUCCGAGCCCACCAUGCGACGCGAUCUGGGAUGCGCUCGUAGGAGCAGAGGGUAAAGCGAAAUUGGUCAAGCCCCAUCAAGCCACGGUACUGAAACCUGCCUCCGAAUCAAACUACCUCUAUGAACUUGACCGCACAACCCAGGAAGUCCUCACACACAUCCAAACAUGGCAAAAGGAUCACCCGGGCGAGGAAGGAGGACAAAUCUCAAUUCCUGAAGCAGAACUGCCUAUCGAACUGCCGGCAUCGCCACUUUCCUUAUCACACCUACAGCGGAUGCGACGGCAGUUCAUAACGCUCAAUCGACAGCAUACUCUCCCUAAGAGCAGGAUACGGGACCUUUUUAUCGAUUAUCUGAAUACGAAUUUUGCUUGAAAAAGCCAUUUUCAUCCCGAGGCUAGUCCACUCGACCCUAGACUUGCAACAUAUUCAUUAAUGAUAAUUUUCUGAUGAACAAAUUUCUACUGCAUACAAUCUCAUAUAGACCAUUACUUAUUCGCCCAAAAAAAAGCAGACAGUUUUUCGGAGUC